UGUGUGUGUGUGUGUGCAUACAGAGCAAUGAGUGUGUUUUCAUUCCACCUCCUGUGAAGCAUCACCUGAGCACUCCACUGGUCUCUGACUGUUUGGAUCAAUCCCAGUGUACAUGAACUCUCUUCCACAGCGACCUGAGGACAUUAGAGGAAUAAACAUUAUCCCAGCAGACUGUCGCAGGGCAUCAAGGAAUAGUUGUCAAGAUGAUAGUCACCAUGUUAACGGCUAUGUACAUGGUGGUGAGAGUAGCUGAGAAGAUUGGAGUGAGGUUUACGCGCAACGAUCCUCCCUUGCCUUUCCUGGUGUCCCAACCUCUGCCCUGGCAGGUGCACCAUGUGUCCCAAAGAAGGAGGAGCAGCCUAUCAGCCGAGUACGAAGGCCCCAGGAGAAACAGCUUAGGAGUUUACAGAAAGAUAAAUGCGGACCUCUUCCCACAUACAACACUUGCUGUUGCCGCUGCCACUCUGGCUGUUCCCUGUCUCCUGACGUGCAAUCGGAAAGACUCUACCUGCAGCAACGGAUGUGCACCCUCCUGCCUCACCCCCACCCUGCCUGUGGAGAAGGCCGCGGCCACUAUCCAGAACCAGUUCAGAAAGUACCAGCAGAAGAAGAAAGAGGCCAUGUAAAGCCAUACACACACGCCAGAGCUCUGCAAGACAGACAGGCACGCAGACAGACCGGCAGACAUUAACAGACAGCGUUUUUCUUUCAGAUCGAAAAGCAGAGGUCCAAACAAUGAAUCUAAUUUCAUCACUCGUUAUCUAUAACAAAUUUCACGAAAAUAAGGUAGAUUUGCUAGACUUUAUGAAAAACAGGCACACGGGCUACACAGCCUACCAAUAAUCUAACAUGUAUCCUGUGUUAUAUUAAUAUGUAUAAAUAUGCAUGUACAGUAUGUAUGUAUAUCAUACAAUACGUUCUUUGUAUUACUAUGUACAUGUAAAUAUUCGUAAUUGUGAAUAUAAAUGUGACCGGGUAUGAUUGUGAAUGUCAGCGAACUGUCAAUGUGAAAGCAUGCACAUUUUAAUGUUUUCUAUAGACUGUGAUAUAUUUAUUAAUACAAAGAUAAGUGUAUAGUAAACUGAAGACACAAUACCCAACACAUUAAACAGUGUCUGUAUUUGUGUUGUUGCACUGCCCUCUAGUGUCUCAAGUGGGAAAGUCUCUCACAAAAUGUUCACAGAGUCCUAACUGCUACAGGCGUGUACUUAAUCAGUGUUAACAUGAAUAACACUUUGAUGUCAAACAUAAUCAGUUGCAAGUGUUAUUAUUAUUAUACAUUUUUUUAAACAUCAACAGCAGUGAGUCCCUGUGCAGCGCAAGACAUUAAGUAACCUUUUCCCUUGAUCCGGGCCUGAUUUGUAAAUGUUGAAUAGGCACAAAAUAAGGCGUACAACACUUUCUAAGCAAACAGCUCAGGUUGUUUGUGAAUGUUCUGCAAAUAUGUUAAUAAAAAAAUAAAAAUUGA